AUGCUGAAGAGAGCAAUCGACGCGGUGAACCAUGCCGACUGGACUGCGCGGGUGUGUGACGGCUUUGCUGCCUUCUACUUGUGGCCGUGCACGGAUGCAAGUCAACACAUCCUGCUGCACCGGUGCAUGGGGGCGCUUGUCCAGCGGGCGGCAGACUCCGUCUUCAUUCAGCGCCGGGUGGCGCUCAUGUUUGACUCUGCCGCCCUCUCUGACCCCCUCGACCGGCACGCCCUUGCCAUGGGGCUUGGCACAGUGGCGGCAGUGCAUCUCGAUGUGGUGUUGGCCACCUUGGAACAAGUCCUUGACUCCUACUCUGUCUCCAAUCUGCAACGCAUAUACCAGUUUGUCAAAACCCUCGGUAAUCAAUCGGCCAUCUUCAUCCCCAAAACCUCCUCCGCUUCCUCGGCCUCGAAGCUCGCUCUCCCGCCUCUCGAGCGCCUAUUCAAGAAGGAGACUGCCACGUCAGCAGCUGCUGACUUCCUCCGGGACCCGCUGAUGCAUGAUGACGUGUGCGCUGCGCUGGCGCUGACGUAUCGGUACACGGUGGCCUUCUCGGAAGCUUCCGUGGUGGAUUCGCGAAUCAGGACACUGUUGGAUGCAAACGUGCUUGCCCAAUUGGCUGCAAUGACGUCCUUCCCUGCCAAGCUGGCCGUGGAUGCGAACGUGUUUGCUCCCUUAGCUGCAGUGGCGGCCCUCCCAGCCAAGGCAGCUGUGGUUCAAUCCAUCCUCACACUCGCCUCUGCUGCUCUCACUGCUCCUCCAUCCGCUCUCACCACCCCUCCACCGCCCCAUUCAACUGUUCGCAAGAGCGUGCAGGUGAGCAAGCAUAGUGUGGUGCAGGUGAGAAGUAGGCACUUGGCAGUAAGAGGGGGAGGGGCAUACGUGUUAGGGGAAGAGGAGGUGCGGCUUCAGAUGGCGUGUGUGCAGGCGUGCACGGCUUUGAUUCGCUCUCAUCCACAGCUCACUUCCGCUGUUCGCAAGAGUGUGCAGGCGGUCACUCCACUGCUGUGCAUUGACGACUCACCAUUGGCUGGUCGUGUGAAAGGAGAGAGGGGACUGGGGAGAGGAAGAGGAGAAGGGGGGAUUGGUACAGUGGAUGUGGAGGGAGGGGGCGGAGGAGAGGGUAGGGAGGAGCGAGAGGGGUCGAGCACAAGUAGUUCGGACAGUGAGAGUGGCUCUGACGAGGAUGAAGAGAAAGUGAGGAGGAAUGAAAAGGAGGAGAAGAGGAGGGUGAGGAGGACUGGUGGGAGAGAGAGGAGGGGCCAGCGGAAGCAGCUUGGCCCAUUGGCAGUUAGUGUCAUCUCUCUACUGUGUAGCGUGCUACAGAUGAGCAACGUGGAUAGCAAGGAGGAGGAGGAGCAGUUACAAAUCAUGCUCUCCCUCCUCCGCCCCCUCCUCUCCCUCCUCCUCCCACCCUCUCCUCCUCCCCAACCCUCCUCCCACCUACCCUCUGCCCUCAACCCCACCACUCUCCUAUCAUCCGCCUUCCCUUCCAACACCACUCCACCCAGUAGCACCCAUCCCAACCCAGCAGCACCACUUCAAACCCAAGCAGGUAGCAAGCCUGGGAGUAAGCCCAGCAGCAAACCUACCAGCAAGCCUAGCAGCCAGCCAGGGAGCCCUGGCCCUCGGGCAAGAGGGAAAUCAAACCUGGGGGGUGCAGCAGGAGGAGGGGAGAGAGGAGGGGGAGAGGAGGGAGAAGGGGGAGCAGGGGAACGGGAGAGAGAAACUGGAGAGGCGGAAGCAGCAUCAGCAGUGGAGGUAGUUGCAUCGGCGCAGCAGCGGGUGCUGACAGCGUACCUGGCAGUGUGUGCCCAGUUCCAUUUGCUGGCACUAGGAGAUGAGGGGCUGCUGGGUUGUUGUAAGGAACAAGUUUGCGGCUUUCUCGAAGCUAGCAGUGGUGGAGUGCGGUACACGGAAAUGCAGCAAGCUCACACCCCCCCAUCACGCCCCUCGCUCAAUCUCGGGCAUCACGUGGCCGUCGUUCUGCCCUUCUGUGCCAAUGUUUUCUGCACAUCUGUCAAUCUGUCAUUCUGCCAAUCUGUCAUUCUGCCAUUGCACCAGUCUGCCAACUUUGCCAUCCUGCCACCCCCCAUCCCCUCAUCCCACCAGGUGGUUCUGCUGCUGCUGACCACAGCUGUCGCCCUCUCCUCUCCACCUGAGGCCUCCUGCGUUUCUCCUGACAACCCACCUGAGGUUUCAUCACAAUCAGCCCAUUCCCCCCCAGCCUCUCCCUCCUCCUCUCUGCCUGUCUCCACUCACCCGGCCACCCACCAAUUAGACGAAACCACCGAAACCAGCAGUCAGCAGGAAGCGCAACCAGCAGCAGCAGCUGCUGGCCCCAGAGCUUCUUCUGAGUCUCCUUCCUCCCAUCCCUCCUCUCAACCGACUCACUCCUCCCUCCUUGCUGCUCUGGAAGCGAAGGUCUCUGCAGUGUCGCAUCAGGUGGGGAAGCUUAUAGUGGGGAUGGGUUGGGCGGUACUACGUGGCUCGUCACAGGGGGAGAUGGUGGAGGGGUCGUCGGAGGAACAACGGGCGGUGCUUUUCGCCGCUGCUGUGGAGUGCGUUGCACAUGUGCUGACAGCUGAUGAGGUGGCAGGCAGUGCUCCUCCUAGCAGCAGACGCGUUCCUUCACAUCUCCUGCGCCAGCCACUGCCACUAGCUACCCAUCAAUUUACAUCACUUCCCUUCAUAAUCCCUUCUCCUUGUCACCAGGUGGCAGUCCUACUCCUAGCAGCAGACGCGUUUCUCCACAUUACUUGUGCCGGCCACUCCCCCUCCACCACCACAAGCACAAACCAGGGCAGCCAAGCACAUGAGGACAGGGACAGAGGGUCUGUGCACUUGCAGGGCGCAGCAGCAGCGGAGUGUGAGUACGUGGGGAGUGUGGUGAGCCGGUGCAUGGAAGCCGUGCUUCGAAUCAUCUCCCUCAGAGGCCACCAGGUGCAGCAGCAGGGGGAAUCCGAGGCUGAGGAGGGUUCAUCUUCAGCAGUGCAACCAUUGCUGCGAGUGCUCGACCAUUUCUUCCCUUGUCGUCCCUCCCUCUCUCUGCUGGAGAUUACUCAGCAUCCCUCGCUGAGUCCCCAGCUUUUCCACCAGCUUGUACCGAAGCUCACCCCAGGCUUCGACCCUGUUGGUGCAAGUUCCUACUCUCCAACAAUUUGUUCUCCUUCCUUCGCUGUGCCUCCCUUUCGCCCUCGCUUUCUGCAGGAAAUUGCUCGGCACCCGUCUCUCGGCCCCCAGCUCUUCCACCUGCUUCUGCCGAAGCUCAUCCCUGGCUUCGAUCCGGUUGGCCUGGUGGAAGGCUUGCAUCAAGCAGCACAGCCACAAUCGCUAGAGCAGCACGGGAGUGAGCAGUUAGCAGCGCCAGAAGGGGCUGGAGCAGCAGCAGCAGGGGUACUUACAGAGGGGCAACAGGACGAAUCUGCUGCAUCAGAAGCAGCGGAGCAGGCACAGCUGGGGAAGGCUGUAUCUGAGGCUGCUGCUGCUGCCGGUGGUGGUGGUGCUGGUGGUGGUGCUGCUGCCGCCGCUUCGCUCACCUUUGAUCCCAGCGCUACAGUUGCAGCUGCGGUGGUUGCUGCUGCCUCACAUGCAGGAAGGGCAAGGAGAGUGGGGAGUGUGGGGAGUGCAGGCAAGCCGUUCAUCUACUCCUCUGGCUCCAAAGCAGCCAAUCGAACCCUUGGGAUCAUGCUCAGGCACCCAUCACCCAACCUCAAGCAAGCAGCACUGCCCUACACAAUCCCCACCGUCCACACGCUGCACCUCCUCCUCUGUGCUCUCGCCAUCGACACCAUCGCCUCCCACCCUGAAGCUGCUCUCUCCUCCACCGGUCCCCUCAGCAAGAGAAUCAACGAUGCCAUUACAGCAGCAGACGGAGGCCUCUGGUCCAGCGACCCCUUCCUGCUGGUUUACGGCGCUCUCCGCUCUGUGGCUCAGUUCUUCAACCAUCAUCCUCUUAUUGAGGAGGGGGAUACCAGUGAGAACGGGAGGGGGGAUACCAGUGAGAACGGGAGGGGCGGGAUUGACAUGACAGUGGGGCAGCUGUCGGUGCUGUGUGGACUGGUGGCGGCCCUUGUGGGGGCUAUGCUCAGUGCAGGAGAGCCGCAGGGUGAUGAGUUGCUACCCGUUGAGACGUUUCUCACCCAGGCUGUGGAGUGCACGAGUGUGUAUAAAUAUAUCACAGACGCUGCUCUCAUGUGUCAUGCCAUGAGCCUGAGAUGGAGAACGGACGGUUCUGAUUUGGAGGCAACAAUAGCAUGGCAGCUGGAGCGCUUCCAAGAAGCUUCCUCAGCUGCUCGAGCUGUCAUCCUGCUUAUACUCUCUAAGCUCCCCCAGUCCUCGUCCCCACCACCCCCCGUGGCUCAUCGCAUUCUUUCUACUGCCUCGCUUUCCUUGCAAGACCCGAGCGCCAUGGUCUCACUCGCUGCUGCAAUUUGCACGCACCAGUGUCUCUCCCAGUGCAGCUUUCUGGCCAAUCAGGCGCUGCCAGCUGCCACCAUCCUCCAAUCAACACGAGCUAUCAUGAGGGUCCGUGCGCCCCAAGCCCAGGCCGCAGCAGCAUGGAUGGCAGGCGCAGUGGCAAGCAGUCUUCUGAAGCAGCAGCAGCUGCAGCAUGCACCCAGCAGUGGGGACGAGUGCAGUGAGCAGCCCCCGCCAAGCACUGCAGAAUGCUCAAGAGCAGAGCUGCAAGAUAUUAAGCCUGAGGUUCGGGAAACAAUGACAACCCUGUGGUUCUUAUCGGAGCAUCAACCGGACCUAGUCACAAGCGCAUGCAAGGCAUCCUCUCACUCGCUGGCUUGGCUUCUGCGGUCUGAUCAAGGCGAUGAGUCCACCCACCAACCGUUGAUGGAAUCGGGUCUCUUCACUGGGAGCUUCUACCAGUUCCUCUCAAAUGACUUUGUAACGAGUUUCGACGCUUACACUGGAUUCACACUGGAAGCGCUCUCCCACCCCUCAGACUCCGUCAAGCUCACAGCAAUUUCAUUCUUCACCGGCCUCAUCCAAUUUGUCGCCGAAACUCGCUCGGCAGCGCAGGCAGGCAGGAGCACCACACCUGCUUCAUCAACACCUGUAGCAUGCGGACCCAGCAACGCUUUUAGCAGCUCGCCGUUGCCUCAAUCCGGUGUUGCUUUCGCAAUCCCAGUGCCGCUCACGAAAGCUCUCUCUCAACUUCUGAAGAAAUCCCCGAAUGAGAAGCUUCGGGCUGCAGCAGCAUCUUCUCUGGGAGAGAUUCUUCGCCUCUCAUUCAAGAGAGAGAGGUUGGGGUAG